CUGUCACUUUGAAAUCAUUCAGUCGUGUAUGUCAUACAUUCAAUUCAAUUCAAUUUAGUUUGUUCAUUUAAGUUCACAAAGAUGGAUGUAUUCGUUGGCUAAAUUCAAUACCAAUUGUUGUUAUUUGCGCAGAAGUGAUUUGUGCCUAACAAUAUGUGUUCGAUUUAUUGCGUGUAUCUAUUUCGAUAAAUAUUCUCAAUAACUCGUGUAUAUUGAUUUAAACGAAUGUGAUUCAAGACUCGAGUUUAAGUGCAGUUUAUGUAUUGUGGUCAUCAUGCCGGGUCUUAUUGGUAUUGGUGAAUUUAUUGACGAAACUCGAGAGGAUUACAGUUCACCAACUACAUCGACAUUUGUUUCGCGUAUGCCACAAUGUCGACAGACGAUUAACGCUUUAGAAGAGACUCUGGAUUUCGACCGCGACGGCUUAACGAAACUCAAGAAGGCGAUAAAAGCGAUUCACAAUUCUGGAAAUGCACACGUUGACAAUGAGAUGUACCUGUCCCGAGCGCUGGAGCGGUUGGGAGAGAACGCGCUCAGCAAGUACUCAGAGCCCGACAUUGGUGCUGCAUUCUUCAAAUUCGCUGUCGUCACCAAGGAACUCUCGGCACUUAUGAAGACGCUGAUGCAAAAUAUAAACAACAUUGUGAUGUUUCCCGUGGACAGUCUCCUGAAGGGCGAUUUGAGGGGAGUUAAAGGGGAUCUAAAGAGGCCUUUCGAUAAGGCGUCCAAAGACUACGAGUCGAAGUACCUGAAGAUAGAGAAAGAGAAGAAAUCUCAAGCGAAGGAAGCUGGUCUCAUCCGUAGUGAGGUCACUCCAGCUGAAAUAGCUGACGAGAUGGAGAAAGAGCGGAGGUUGUUUCAGCUGCAAAUGUGUGAGUACCUGAUAAAGUUCAACGAAAUAAAAACGAAAAAAGGAAUCGAGCUCUUGCAGCACCUGGUGGAGUACUAUCACGCACAAACAAAUUAUUUUCAAGAUGGUCUGAAGACGAUCGAACACUUUGGAGUAUAUGUUGCGGAUCUGAGUGUCCAAUUGCAAAAAAUUAGGCAGCAACAAGACGACGAGCGACGGCGGCUUCUAGAACUGAGGAAUAUGUUACGAGCUGCUACGCCACAAGACAGAGAGGCCGCUGCGGCUGUGGGCGGGUAUUCGCUUCACCAAUUACAAGGCGACAAACAGCAUGGUGUGACACGAAGUGGAUAUCUUCUUAAGAAGUCGGAAGGGAAAGUGAGAAGAGUGUGGCAGAAGAGAAGGUGCAGGGUCACGGCGGAAGGUUUCCUGGACAUCUUCCACGCUGACGAGAACAAGAUUCCGGCCAGGGUUAAUUUGUUGACGUGUCAGAUAAAAGUCGCCGCAGAGGAUAAGAGGGCGUUUGAUCUAGUCUCAUAUAACCGUACGUACCAUUUCCAAGCUGAAGAUGAAAACGAACAGAGGGCGUGGACGUCGGUCCUUGUUAACUGUAAGGAGGGGGCGUUGAUGAGAGCUUUCCACCAGCAAGCUGGCGAGAGCAACGACAACGGACAUUCGCUGUUGGAUUUGCAACGUUCCAUCAUACGAGCUGUUCGAUCUCUGCCCGGGAAUCAGGUCUGCGCUGAUUGCGGUUCUACGAACGAUCCCACUUGGCUAUCAACAAACUUUGGUGUCAUCGUGUGUAUCGAAUGUUCUGGAAGCCACCGGGAAUUGGGUGUCCAUAUAUCAAGAAUUCAGUCAUUAACGCUAGAUAGGUUGAGCACAUCCCAGCUCCUACUCGCAAGGCAUAUGGGAAACCAAAUGUUCAAUGAAGUUAUGGAGAACACGCUCGAUGAAAGAGAUAAGCUGACACCCGAGAGUACUAUGGACGAACGUCUGAGGUUCAUACGAGAAAAGUACGUGUAUAGAACGUGGGCGGCGAGGACGUGUAGGGAUGCGGCAGAACAGCUCUCCGAAGUUGAACACGCGGUCAACAACGGUCACCUGCAGAACUUGCUGCAGGCGUACGCGGAGGGCGCUGACUUGGGAUCGGCUUUGCCAAGUUCGGAUUGCGGCGAAACUGCCCUCCACCUAGCCAUAUCACGUGAACUUGGCGAUGGGUCGUGCCUACACAUAGUAGAUUUUCUAGUCCAAAACGGUGGUUCCCAACUGCUAGACAAGGCGACUGUGUCCGGUAUGACGGCGUUACAUUUGUGCGCCGCGAUGGAUAGGACGGAACCUAUGAAGCUUCUGCUAAAAGCCGGUGCGGAUUCUACACUAAAGGACGCGAGCGGUAGAACUGCCUUGCAAAUAGCUAGGCAGUUGGGACAUCACGCGUGUCAGGAAUUGCUCGAAAGCGUUGAUAAAAGGGAGAAGAGUAUAUAUGAAAAUAUCAAUAUCGACUGGAACCUGUCACACGACGACGGUUCCACCGAUUUCUCUGAUGACGACACGGUCAUCGAUGAAAGGCAAAACGGCAGCGUGACUCCUGAAAAGAAGUGCCCCCGCUCCCGUCCUCCGUCUUACGCGGGUACUUGCGGGGGUGGCGGUGGAGGCGCAGUGGGAGGGGGAGGGGGAGGAGGCGGAGAUUCGCCAGUGCUCCGCUCGCGCUCGUCCACAUGCGACUCGCUGCACCACGCGCCCCCCACCCCCACCACACUGCCGCGGAAACCGAAUGUUUAUAACAUCGGUAGUUUGAAGAAGCGCGCGGCCCCGCUGCCGCCGGGCGCGGCGGGCGCGCCGCUGGCGCACGCGCGCUCCACGCCCUCGCCCUCCGCAGACGCCGCGCGCUCCAUACACGGCGUGUCGGCGAGCGCGGUGAAGCACCGGCCCGCGCAGCCGCCGCCCACGCCGCCGCCCGCGCUGCACAACGGCGCGCACCGCGACGAGCCCACGCCGCCUCCGCGCAAAAAAAAAAAUAGAUUGCACCUGGAAAAUGCUGUUAAAGGAAAACUGAAAAGGGAGUGUUCUAGUCAAGAUUCGUCGCUGGAGUUGUGCGACAUUUCUGACGGGUUGGACGACAGUCGCCUGCAAUCGCUGUCGGGAGACAGUGCUCGGUCACGAGAGCGCUCUCGCCGCAGCGACAGUCGCUCUCUCGACGUGUCCGACACUUCGAGUGUACACUCGAGAUCGCCUUCCACGUCCAUUACUAUGAUGGGCGGUGGCAUGAGACGGUGUCGAGCUCUAUACGAUUGUUCCGCCGACAACGAAGACGAACUAUCGUUCAGAGAGGGAGAGGUGAUCGUAGUCAUCAACGAACGCACCGAAGACGAUAAUUGGAUGGAAGGACAAGUUGAGGGCACAAAUCGACGAGGCAUGUUCCCCGUCUCUUUCGUUCAUAUGUUACCAGAUUAAUUAGAAAGAGACGGGUAUUGAUUCGGUUAGUCCAUAUCCAAAUAGUCAGUAUAGGUCAGUUUUCGAAAUCUGCCUCGUUCACAGUACUCGCGUAAAUGCAGUUUUAUUGUAGUCUGCUUGAAUUAAGAAAAUAUAUUAAAAUAGAUGAGGCAAAGAUCAAAGUAGACCGAAAGAAAGUUGCAAAAAGAUUACGCUUUAGUUCGUAAUAGUGUUUAAAUGAAACAUUAUCUAUCUCUAUCGCGGUCGUAAAAUUAGUCGUGUGUGAGGGAGACGGAUUAAAUUUUCUUAAUACGUAUGCAAUGUUAAAUUAUACACAUACAUUGCGUUUUAUAUGUAAAUGUGUAGUACGUACCAGCUUUAGUUAAUUUACCUGUAACAACGUGCUCAUUAUUACCGCAGUGAUUAACUCUAUAGCUGUCGUUUUGUAGUAUUGAACACGUCAGUAUUUCCAAAUUGGUAUAACAUUUUUAAUCGAUCCAAAAAAAGUUCUCUACAAUCUUUUAGUAUAUUAUUAAAGGAUCGAAGUCGAGUGAAUGUUUGAUUAGUUACUAUGAAUCAUAUCGUUUUUUCGAAAUCAAUAUUUUAUAAAUCAAUAAUGUUACUUGAAAAAUUCCUGAUUUGGCCAUAUUAGAUUAAAUAAGAAAAAUUUAGUAAUGCAAUGGACAUAUUAGGCCUAAAGCUUCAGCAUUCAUUUGGAGGGCAAUGAGCUUAUUUACUCUAGCAUUUUAUAUUCAGUAUAUGAAUAUAGAUAGUCAUCUGUUUAAAGCGUGCACAUUGUUCGUUUGUUAUUAAACGCAAGCUGCUUCUCUGGUACACGGGGCCUCGAUGAAUUACUUUAAUGUGAUAUCAUCUGCACAAACAUUGUUUUUAUACAAGAAUUUUAAUAGUUCGUACAUUUUUGAUGUGACGUUUUGGAAUAUUUUAUUCAUCUAUUUACACAAUUGUGAGUGUGAAGCGUUUAUUUAUUUAUUUAUCUAUUUACACAAUUUUAACAAAUAAUAAUGUUUUUUUUUAGUAAAUAAUUUUCAAACGCUCAUUUUUCACACAAACGUAGAAUAUCAUUAAAAAUACUUCAGCAGUAUUGUAUCUUGAAUUUAUAACACCAAUAUAAAUAAGUUUUGCCACUAGCAACUCCGUCCCGAUACGGAUAUUGAUUUGAAUAAAUGUUUUUUACGAUACAUUAUUUCGUAAUGGCUGUAAAACUUUUCUAUAUUAGUUCAUUAAAUAUCUUCGUCUCGUUACUGCUCAAUCUAAAUAGCAAUAGAUAUUUAUAAGAGAGCAGAGAGGAUUUCGUCAAUGUUGUGUUAAAAUUCGAUUUGACGGUUCUUGUCGAGAGUCUUUUAUAUAUAUUUGUCUAAAGACUUUGUACAGCUCAGAUAGUGGUUUGCCAAAAAUUAUAAUAAAUGUGAUCUUGUAGUUGGAAUGAUAAUAUAUAUAAAUAUAUAUAUUCAACGACAAACUUUUGGACCAGUGACCGUUCGUUGCGUAGUUGUUCUCGUAGUUAAUGUCUUAGAUUGUUGGUACAUGUUGCCUAGAUAUUGUGUCACUUGGAUACUGUAGGCCACUACAACAAGUACAAUAUAAUAAUCAGUAACUUAAAAAUAAUAACAAUAAAACAUGACCACAAAUAUUGAAACAUUUUUUUUUAAAUAAUGUAGAUAACAAAUUUAUUUUAACUAGUGUUACCAACUUAUUAAUAUUAACUUUUGAUAAGAUAUUGUUCACUAAUCACGUGGCGUGCAGUAUCCGUCGAGACAUAGACUUUUGAAACUUGUUAUAAAUGUUAAAUUUUAUCAAUCCACAGAGAAUAAUUAAACGCGAUAUAAAUUCACGCAAGUUUUCAUAGUUGUGUAAAAUUAGCAUCGCUAUAAAUAAUUUACAUAGAAAUAGUAUAUUAUUGUGAUACAUUUCGCUGCGUACCACACAUUCCCUUGUUUAAUUAAUUAUUUUUGUAUAUUAAGUUCUGAAGUCCUAUUAUAUUCAUAGUAGUAAGUGAUACGUAAACUUGUAAAGUUACCUUCAUUACCGCACGCGUUGCCAUAACUAGUAUUAUAAAAAUAAAAUUAUGCGAUUUAUGUAUUUUGUUUUUAAAAUCAUCCUCCCGAAUUCUUAUACUCCCGUAGUUAUCCAGUGUUUUUGUUAAUUUGAUAGAUUUUAUUUUGUUUAAGAUAAAUGUCAUUUUAUGUUGUAAAUAGUAUGUUUAGGUAAACAAUAUCUUCUUUUAAUAAAUAAAAUUGUUUCCUAAUUUAUUUUGUACGAUAUUGUUGUGCUGAAAGAUAAGUACUUUUUAUUACUCCUGUUUUUAAUAUUUUAGUUGUAUUUAUUUAACCACAAAAAAAUUAUGUGAUGAAAUAUUUGGAUGCCAUUUCAGCCUAUAUAUAUUAGAUUUUAUGACGUAACUUCCUUAAAAAAAACUGAGCUAAAUUUGACGUGAAUGAAAAAAAAAAAGAAGAAAAAGAUACUUUGCUUUAUACAUCAGAGCGCUUAAAGUUCUAAAAAAAUAUUUAUCAUCCAGUCAAAUUUAGCAUAUUCUUUGAAGAGAUAAGAUCUAGUAAUUUACUUAUUUAAAAAAAAAAGUUAUGUAACCAAAUGAUGCUAUAGCACGUAAGAUGUUCUAAUCUAUAAUGUAGUAUAUUAAAUGGAGUUGUAGUUGAUAUAGUUUUUUUUCUAUUGUGUAUUAUCUGAAUGAAAAUCUGUAUGAAUUUAUCAAUACAUCAUUUCGAUGUCAA